CUCUGGAGAAUGGAACUUCCGCUUUGGACUGAGGGCAGCAGGCUCCUGGCUCCCGGUCCUGCUGCUGCCCAGCUGAGCGGCCCCACAGGACACCAGGUUACAGGAGGCAGCUGAGCCAGGGCAGCGAUGAAGACCCUGAGGGAUGGCGUUCUAGCAUUCCUGCUGCUUCUUGCUCUACUUGGGGUCUCCCUGGCCCAAAGCGACUGCACCGGACACCCGGCCAUCCCCGGCAUCCCCGGCAUCCCCGGAGCGCCGGGCUCUGAUGGCAGACCUGGGACCCCAGGCAUAAAAGGAGAGAAAGGGCUGCCAGGGCUGGCUGGAGACCAUGGCGAGUUCGGGGAGAAGGGAGACCCAGGGAUUCCUGGGAAACCAGGAAAAGUAGGUCCCAAGGGCCCCACUGGCCCCAAAGGUUCCCCAGGACCCCCCGGAGCCCGUGGCCUCAAGGGGGAAUCAGGAGACUACAAGGCUACACAGAAAAUCGCCUUCUCUGCCAAGAGGACCAUCAACAGUGCCCUGCGGCGGGACCAGGCCAUCCGCUUCGACCAGGUGAUCACCAACAUGAACAACAACUACGAACCUCGAAGCGGCAAGUUCACCUGCAGGGUGCCUGGCAUUUACUACUUCACCUACCAUGCCAGCUCGCGAGGAAACCUCUGUGUGAACCUCAUGCGGGGCCGGGAGCAAAUGCAGAAGGUGGCUACCUUCUGUGAUUACGUCCAGAACACCUUCCAGGUCACCACGGGCAGCAUGGUCCUCAAGCUGAAGCAGGGGGAGAAUGUCUUCCUGCAGGCCACAGACAAGAACUCCCUGGUGGGCAUGGAAGGUGCCAAUAGCAUCUUCUCUGGGUUCCUGCUCUUCCCAGAUGCAGAGGCAUGAGCUGUGGUGCUGGCUGCCUCCCUCCCCAACCCUGCCCCGCCCCUGCAAUGCUCACUUUACCCCCGACACUCCCCCACCUAGCCAAAACACACAGAAGGGCUCCAUGGGUGUUGCUGAAUGAAUGAGUCAAUAAAAUUUUCAAAGGCCAA